GAGUGAAUGGUGAACGAGGGUCCCAGGUUGGGGUGUAUGAUGUGGGAGGGUGAGUGGAGGGGACAAGCAGUCCAGGCCCUUCUCCACCAUCUGCCCGCUCCGUCCCCCCAGGGCCAGUACUGUGACAUCUGCACAGCCGCCAACAGCAACAAGGCGCACCCCGUGAGCAAUGCCGUCGACGGCACGGAGCGCUGGUGGCAGAGCCCACCGUUGUCCCGUGGCCUGGAGUACAAUGAGGUCAACGUCACCCUGGACCUGGGCCAGGUGUUCCAUGUGGCCUACGUGCUCAUCAAGUUUGCCAACUCCCCGCGACCGGACCUCUGGGUGCUGGAGCGCUCUGUGGACUUCGGCCACACCUACCAGCCUUGGCAGUUCUUCGCCUCCUCCAGGAGGGACUGCCUGGAACGAUUCGGGGUGCCGAGGCUGGAGCGCAUCACGCAGGACGACGAUGUCAUCUGCAGCACGGAGUACUCCCGGAUCGUGCCCCUGGAGAACGGCGAGGUGGUGGUGUCCCUGGUGAACGGGCGUCCGGGGGCCAUGAACUUCUCCUACUCGCCAUUGCUGCGUGACUUCACCAAAGCCACCAACAUCCGCCUGCGCUUCCUGCGCACGAACACACUGCUGGGCCACCUCAUGGGCAAGGCCCUGCGGGACCCCACCGUCACCCGCCGGUACUAUUACAGCAUCAAGGACAUCAGCAUUGGCGGGCGCUGCGUCUGCCACGGCCACGCGGAUGUGUGUGACCCCGUAGACCCUGCAGACCCCUUCAGGCAGGAGUGCGCCUGCCAGCACAACACGUGCGGGGGCUCCUGUGAGCGCUGCUGCCCCGGCUUCAACCAGCAGCAGUGGAAGCCGGCCACUCCUGAGAGUGCCAACGAGUGUCAGUCCUGCAACUGCCACGGCCACGCGGACGACUGCUACUACGACCCUGAGGUGGACAGGCACAACGCCAGCCAGAACCAGGACAGCGUCUACCAAGGCGGGGGCGUGUGCAUCGCCUGCCAGCAUCACACCACUGGCAUCAACUGUGAACGCUGCCUGCCCGGCUUCUACCGCGACCCCGACCAGCCCCUGGACUCGCCCCACACCUGCCGUCGUUGCAACUGCGAGUCAAACUUCACCGACGGGACGUGUGAGGACCUGACCGGCCGCUGCUACUGCCGGCCCAGCUUCGCGGGGGAGCGGUGCGAGGCGUGUGCCGCGGGCCUCACCGGCUUCCCACACUGCUACUCUGUGUCCGCCCCCCGCAACUCCUCCGUGGCACAAGUGCAGCAGGCCGGACAGAUUGUGAGCUGCGACUGCAAUGCCGGGGGCACCCAGAACAACGCCUGCCAGAAGGACCCGCAGUUGGGACGCUGCCUGUGCAAACCCAACUUCCAGGGCAUCUACUGCGAGCUCUGUGCCCCAGGGUUCUACGGCCAGGACUGCCACCCAUGCCAGUGUUCCAGCCCCGGAGUGGUGGACGGUGACUGUGACCGUGACUCCGGCCAGUGCACAUGCCGGGCAGGCUUCCAGGGGGCCACGUGUGACCGCUGUGCCCCUGGCUACUUCCACUUCCCGCUCUGCCAGUUGUGUGGCUGCAGCACCGCGGGGACCCUGCCCCAGGGCUGCGACGAGGCUGGUCACUGCCUGUGCCGGCCCGAGUUCGAUGGCCCUCACUGUGACCGCUGUCGCCCCGGCCACCAUGGCUACCCUGACUGCCGAGCCUGCGACUGCGACCCCCAGGGGGCCCUGGAUCAGCUCUGCAGUGUCGGCGGGGUGUGUCGCUGCCGCCCUGGCUUCGCUGGCGCCACCUGCCGGGAGUGCAGCCCUGGGUUCCACGGCUUCCCCACCUGUGCCCCCUGCCACUGCUCUGCCCACGGCUCCCUGGAUGCAGCCUGUGACCCCCGCAGCGGGCAGUGCAGCUGCCGGCCCCGAGUGACAGGGCUGCGGUGUGACACGUGUGUGCCUGGCACCUACAACUUCCCCUACUGUGAAGCUGGCUCCUGCCACCCCGCUGGCCUGGCCCCCGCCGAUCGUGUCCUUCCUGAGGCACAGGCCCCAUGUACAUGCCGCGCACAUGUGGAGGGGCCAAGCUGUGAUCGCUGUAAACCUGGCUUCUGGGGCCUGAGUUCCAGCAACCCUGAGGGCUGCACCCGCUGCAACUGCGACCCCAGGGGCACCCUGGGCGGAGCUGCCGAGUGCGAGCUGGGCAAUGGCCAGUGCUUCUGCAAGCCCCGCGUGUGCGGCCAGGCCUGCGCAGUGUGCAAGGACGGCUUCUUCGGGCUGGGCCAGGCCGGCUACUUCGGCUGCCGCAGCUGCCGGUGUGAUGUUGGCGGUGCGCUGGGCCAGGGCUGUGAACCGAGAACGGGCGCCUGUCGCUGCCGCCCCAAUACGCAUGGCCCCACCUGCAGCGAGCCGGCGCCGGAGCACUACCUCCCAGACCUGCACCACCUGCGCCUGGAGCUGGAGGAGGCGGCCACGCCCGAGGGCCACGCUGUGCGCUUUGGCUUCAACCCCCUUGAGUUUGAGAACUUUAGUUGGAGGGGCUACGCACAGAUGGCACCCAUACAGCCCAGGAUUGUGGCCAGGCUGAACGUGACCUCCCCAGACCUCUUCUGGCUCGUAUUCCGAUAUGUCAACCGUGGGCCCUUGAGCGUGAGCGGGCGGGUCUCUGUGCAGGAGGAGGGCAAGUUUGCCACCUGUGCCAACUGCACGGAGCAGAGCCAGCCUGUGGCCUUCCCGCCCAGCACCGAGCCCGCCUUUGUCACCGUGCCCCAGAGGGGCUUUGGGGAGCCCUUCGUGUUGAACCCUGGCACCUGGGCCCUGCUCGUGGAGGCUGAAGGGGUGCUCCUGGUGAGGCGGGGGCUGAGCAGGGCUGUCUGCCAGGGCAACGACGUGGACGUCCAGCUGCAGGUGGCCGUACCGAGGCCAGGCCGCUAUGCCCUGGUGGCGGAGUACGCCAAUGCGGAGGCCCACCAGGAAGUGGGUGUGGCCGUGCACACGCCCCAGCGUCUCCCCCAGCAGGGGGCGCUCACUCUGCUCCCCUGCCUGUACAGCACCCUCUGCCGGGGCACCGCUCUGGACGAGCAGCACCACCUGGUGGCCUUCCACCUGGGCACAGAGGCCAGCGUCCGGCUCACGGCCCAGCAGGCACACUUCUACCUGCACAGUAUCACCCUGGUGCCCAUGGAGACGUUCAGUUUGGAGUUUGUGGAGCCCCGGGUCCGCUGUGUUAGCAGCCACGGGGCCUUCAGCCCCAGCAGUGCCGCCUGCCUGCCCUCCCGCUUCCCGAAGCCGCCCCAGCCCACCAUCCUCAGGGACUGCCUUGUUCUGCCAUUGCCGCCCGGCCUCCCGCUGACCCACUCGCAGGAGCUCACACCGGGUGCACCCCCAUCUGGACCCCAGCCACGGCCCCCCACUGCCGUGGACCCUGAUGCCGAGCCCACCUUGCUGCGACACCCCCAGGGGACGGUGAUCUUCACCACCCAUGUGCCCGCCCUGGGCCGCUACGCCUUCCUGCUGCAUGGCUACCAGCCCGCCCACCCCACCUUCGCCGUGGAGGUCCUCGUGAACGGGGGCCGCAUCUGGCAGGGGCAUGCCAAUGCCACCUUCUGCCCACAUGGCUAUGGCUGCCGCAGCCUGGUGGUGUGUGAGGGCCAGGCCAUCCUGGACGUGACCGACAGCGAGCUCACCGUGACCGUGCGUGUGCCCGAGGGCCGCUGGCUCUGGGUGGAGUAUGUGCUGGUGGUCCCCGAGGACGCCUACAGCUCCAGCUACCUCCAGGAGGAGCCUCUGGACAAGUCCUACGACUUCAUCAGCCAGUGUGCCACCCAUGGCUACCACAUCAGCCCCACCAGCUCGUCCCAGUUCUGCCGAGAUGCGGCCACCUCUCUCUCCCUCUUCUAUAACAAUGGGGCUCGGCCUUGUGGCUGCCACGAAGUAGGUGCCACCAGCCCCGCAUGUGAGUCCUAUGGGGGCCAGUGUCCCUGCCGCCCUCACGUCAUUGGCCGAGACUGCUCCCGCUGCGCCACCGGCUACUGGGGCUUCCCCAGCUGCAGACCCUGCGACUGUGAGGGGCGCCUGUGUGAUGAGCUCACAGCCCACUGCCUGUGCUGGCACCCCUCCUGUGACAAGGACAGCGGCCAGUGCAAGUGCAGACCCAACGUGGCCGGGCGCCGCUGCGACACCUGUGCUCCCGGCUUCUACGNCUACCCCAGCUGCCGCCCCUGUGACUGCCACCCGGCCGGCUCUGCGCCAGGCGUGUGUGACCCCCUCACGGGCCAGUGUCACUGCAAGGAGAACGUUCAGGGCCCCCGAUGUGACCAGUGCCGCCUGGGAACCUUCUCCCUGGACGCUGCCAACCCCAAAGGCUGCACCCGCUGCUUCUGCUUCGGUGCCACGGAGCGCUGCGGGAGCUCCGUCCACACCCGCCAGGAGUUCGUGGACAUGGAGGGCUGGAUGCUGCUGAGCAGUGACCGGCAAGUGGUGCCCCACGAGCUGCGGGCGGAGACGGGGCUGCUCCACGCGGAUCUGCAGCAUGUCCCCGAGACCAUCCCGGAGCUGUACUGGCACGCACCGCCCUCCUACCUGGGGGACCGGGUGUCGUCCUACGGGGGGACGCUCCGCUAUGAGCUGCACGCGGAGAGCCAGCGGGGAGACGUGUUCCUCCCUACAGAGAGCAGGCCAGACGUGCUGCUGCAGGGCAACCAGAUGAGCAUCAUGUUCCUGGAGCCGGGACACUCGGCGCCCGGGCACGUGCACCAGGGGCGGCUGCAGCUGGUGGAAGGUAACUUCCGGCACACGGAGACCCACAGCGCCGUGUCCCGCGAGGAGCUCAUGAUGGUGCUGGCCGGCCUGCAGCAGCUGCAGAUCCGCGCCCUCUUCUCCAAGUUCUCCAGGGCCGUCUCCCUGGGCAAGGUGGCACUGGAGGUGGCCAGCAAGAUGGGCGGGGGACCUCUGGCCAGCAAUGUGGAGCUGUGCAUGUGCCCGGCCAAUUACCUCGGGGACUCGUGCCAGGAAUGUGCCCCUGGCUACUACCGAGACAUCAAAGGUCUCUUUCUGGGUCGCUGCAUCCCCUGUCAGUGCCAUGGCCACUCAGACCUCUGCAUCCCAGGCGUGGGCACCUGCAUGGACUGCCAGCACAACACCGAGGGCGACCACUGUGAGCGCUGCCAGGCUGGCUUCGUGCGCAUUGGGACAGAGGACCCUGCAGCCCCCUGCGUCAGCUGCCCCUGCCCGGUGUGCGUGACAACCCUCCGUUUUUGUAGCUUCGCGGUGGGCUGCGUCUUUCCAGGCGGCCGCCCCCAGUGUCUCUGCAAACCCGGCUACGCAGGAGCCUCCUGUGAGCGGUGUGCCCCUGGCUUCUUCGGCAACCCGCUGGUGCUGGGCAGCUCAUGCCAGCCCUGCAACUGCAGCGGCAACGGGGACCCCAACAUGAUCUUCAAGGACUGCGACCCCCUGACGGGCGCUUGCCACAGCUGCCUGCGCCACACCACUGGGCCCCACUGCGAGACCUGCGCCCCGGGCUUCUAUGGCAACGCCCUGCUGCCUGGCAACUGCACCCGGUGCGACUGCUCCCCGUGUGGGACCGAGGCCUGUGACCCCCAUAGCGGGUACUGCCUGUGCAAGGCAGGUGUGACAGGACCUCGCUGCGACCGCUGUCAGGAAGGACACUUCGGCUUCGAGGGCUGCGGGGGCUGCCGCCCGUGCGCCUGUGGACCAGCCUCCAAGGGCUCUGAGUGCCACCCCCAGAGUGGACAGUGUCAUUGCUGGCCAGGGGCCGGGGGGCUCCAGUGCCGAGAAUGUGCCCCCGGCCACUGGGGGCUCCCCGAGCAGGGCUGCCGGCGCUGCCAGUGCCAGGAGGGCCACUGUGACGUGCAUACGGGCCGCUGCACGUGUCCCCCUGGGCUCAGCGGGGAGCGCUGUGACACCUGUAGCCACCAGCAUCAGGUGCUGGUGCCUGGCGGUCCUGGGAGCGGUGGCGUGCACUGCGAAGUGUGUGACCACUGUGUGGUCCUGCUCCUGGACGACCUGGAGCGGGCCGGCACCCUCCUCCCCGCCAUCCGGGAGCAGCUGCGAGGCGUCAACACCAGCUCCCUGGCCUGGGCCCGGCUGCACAGGCUGAAUGCCUCCAUCUCGGACCUGCAGAGCCAGCUCCGGAGCCCCGCAGGCCCCCGCCAUGAGACCGCACGGCAGCUGGAGACACUGGAGAGACAGAGCGAGAGUCUCGGGCAGGACGCCCAGCGGAUGGACAGCCAGGCCACAGGGGCCCGAGUCAGGGCUGGACAGCUGCUGGACGGCACAGAGGCCACACUGGGCCGGGCACAGGCGCUGCUGAAGGCCAUCCUGGCCCUGGACCGAACCCUGAGCGAGCUGAUGACAGACCACCUGUCGCCGGGCAAUGCCUCCGCCCCAUCCGGGGAGCAGCUGCGUCAGACACUGGCCAAGGUGGACCGCCUGCUCGGGGAAAUGCGGGCCCGUGACCUGGGGGCCCCGCGGGCAGUGGCCGAGGCCGAGCUGGAUGAGGCCCAGAGACUGCUGGCCCGCGUGCAGGAGCAGCUGACCAGCCGCUGGGAGGGGAACCAGGCGCUGGCUGCCCGCACGCGUGACCAGCUGGCCCAGCAUGAGGCUGGCCUCAUGGACUUGCGAGAAGCCCUGAACCGGGCAGUGAGCACCACACGGGAGGCCGAGGAACUCAACAGCCGCAACCAGGAGCGCCUGGAGGAGGCCCUGCACUGGAAGCAGGAGCUGCUCCGUGACAAUGCCACUCUGAGGGACACGCUGCAGGCUGCCAGCGAUACCCUGGCCCGGGUCUCUGAGCUUCUGCACGGCAUGGACCGGGCCAAGGAGGAGUAUGAGCACCUGGCUGCCAGCCUCGAUGGGGCCUGGACACCGUUGCUGGAGAAGAUACGUGCCUUCUCCCCGGCCAGUGGCAAGGUGGACCUGGUGGAGGCUGCUGAGGCCCACGCGCGGCAGCUGGACCAGCUGGCGCACAACCUCUCCAGCAUCAUCCGUGGAGUCAACCAGGACCGGUUCAUCCAGCGGGCCAUCGAGGCCGCCAACGCCUACAGCAGCAUCCUGCGGGCUGUGCAGGCCGCCGAGGGUGCAGCCGGCCAGGCACUGCAGCAGGCCGGCCACACGGGGGGGAUGGCGGUGCAGCAGGGCCUGGCGCCCCGAGCCCGGGAGCUGCGGGCCAACAGCAGUGCCCUGGAGCAGGCUGUUCUCAGGGAGCAGCAGAGGCUGGGCCGCGUGAGGGCCACCCUCCAGGGCACGGGGACCCAGCUCCGUGAUACCCGGGCCAAGAAGGAGCAGCUGGCAGCCCGGGUGCAGGAGGUGCAGGCCAUGCUGGCUAUGGACACAGACGAGACCAGCAAGAAGAUUGCUCACGCCAAGGCUGUGGCCACCAGAGCCCAGGACACGGCCGCCCGAGUGCAGUCCCGGCUCCGAGACAUGCAGAGAAACCUGGAGCAGUGGCAAGGCCAGUACGGGGGUCUGCAGAGCCAGGACCUGGGGCAGGUGGUGCUGGACGCCGGCCGCUCAGUGUCCACCCUGGAGAAGACGCUGCCACAGUUGCUGGCCAAGCUGAACCUGCUGGAGAACCGUGGGGGGCACAAUGCCAGCCUGGCCCUGUCCGCCAGCAUCGGCCGUGUGCGGGAGCUCAUUGCCCAGGCCCGGGGAGCUGCCAGCAAGGUCAAGGUGUCCAUGAAGUUCAACGGGCGCUCGGGGGUGCAGCUGCGUGCCCCUCGGGACCUCGCUGACCUUGCUGCCUACACUGCCCUCAAGUUCUACCUCCAGAGCCCAGAGCCAACGUCCGACCAGGUCUCUGAGGAUCAGUUUGUGCUCUAUAUGGGCAGCCGCCAGGCCACUGGUGACUACAUGGGUGUGGCUCUGCGGAACCAGAAGGUGCACUGGGUAUACCGCCUGGGGGACGCAGGCCCCGCGACCCUCAGCAUUGACGAGAACAUUGGGGAGGAAUUUGCAGCCAUCAGCCUUGAGAGGACCCUGCAGUUUGGCCACAUGUCUGUCACUGUGGAGAAACAGAUGAGCCACGAGACCAAGGGCGACACCGUGGCCCCUGGGGCCGAGGGGCUGCUCAGCCUGCAGCCUGACGACUUUGUCUUCUAUGUGGGGGGCUACCCCAGCAACUUCACGCCCCCAGAGCCCCUCCGCUUCCCCCGCUACCGGGGCUGCAUUGAGAUGGGCACCCUCAACGAGGCGGUGGUCAGUCUCUACGACUUCGAGAAGACCUUCCAGCUCAACACAGCUGUGGAUAAGCCUUGUGCACGCACCAAGUCCACUGGAGACCCAUGGCUCACAGACGGCUCCUACCUGGAGGGCUCUGGCUUUGCCCGCAUCAAAGUGGAGAGUCAGAUCAGCCACACCAAGCGCUUCGAGCAGGAGCUGCGGCUGGUGUCCUACAGUGGGAUCAUCUUCUUCCUGCAGCACCAGGCGAGCCCGUUCCUGUGCCUGGCCGUGCUGGAAGGCCGCCUGGUGCUGCUCUAUGACUUUGGUGAGGGCCUGCAGGAGGCCAAACCGAUACAGCCCCCUCCGCCCCUGACCGUGGCCAGCAAGGCGAUCCAGGUGUUCCUGUUGGGGGACAGCCGCAAGCGCGUGCUGGUGCGCGUGGAGAGGGCCACUGUGUUCAGUGUGGAGCAGGAGAAUGUGCUGGAGCUGGCCAAUGCCUACUACUUGGGGGGUGCGCCUCCGGACCGGCUGCCCCCGAGCCUGCGCCAGCUCUUCCCAUCCGGAGGCUCCGUGCGUGGCUGCAUCAAGGGCAUCAAAGCUCUGGGCAAGUAUGUGGAUCUCAAGCGGCUGAACACCACCGGCAUCAGUGCCGGCUGCACCGCGGACUUGCUGGUGGGACGGGCCAUGACGUUCCAUGGCCAUGGCUUCCUGCCCCUGGAGCUCCCAGAUGUGGCCCCCCUCACCAGCAGCGUCUACUCCGGCUUCGGCUUCCGUAGCACCCAGGACAGCGGUCUGCUGUACCACAGAGCGUCCCCGGUUGGGCCAUGUGAGGUGUCCCUGCAGCAGGGCCACGUGAACCUCCGGUUUGUGACGACCGAGGCGAAGACGCCAGGGGGCUUUGCUGAUGGUUUCCCCCAUUACGUCGCUUUCUAUAGCAACACCACAGGGGUCUGGCUCUACGUGGACGACCAGCUUCAGCAGAUGAAGCCCCACCAGGGGCCGCCCCCCAGGCCCCAGCCCCAGCCACAGCCUGAGGGGCCCCAUCGGCUCCUCCUGGGAGGCUUGGGAGCGUCCAACACCAUCCGUAACUUCAGCGGCUGCAUCACCAACGUGUUCGUGCAACGGCUCAUGGGGCCCCAGCGUGUGCUCGACCUGCAGCAGAACGUGGGCGGUAUCAACGUGAGCUCGGGGUGUGCCCCAGCAGCCCCUGGCACCCAGACACCAGUGCAGGCACCUCGAGGACUACAGGCCACAAUGGCUCAGAAGGUCUCCCGGCACACCCGGCAGCCCGCCCAGGACUCUGCCUGCACGCCUCCUCGGCCCCUUGGGACCAUCCACGGCACCUACCAGUUUGGAGGCCCCCUGUCCAGUUACCUGGAGUUCACAGCCGUCCUGGCACCCUUUGAGAACUGGUCCCACUUCUCCAUGGUGGUCCGCCCUCGCACCCGAAGAGGACUCCUGCUCCUCGCUGUGCCCCUGGCGGCGGGCAGCCCCUCCCUGGCACUCUUCCUGAGCCACAGAUACUUUGUGGCUCAGACACAAGGCCCAGGGCCCGAGCUCCGCGUCCUGAGUCACCAGCGUUCAAAAGCUAACCAGUGGCACAAGGUGUCUGUGCGAUGGGCGAGGACUCGGAUCCAGCUGCAGGUGGACGGAGUCUGGACUCAGAGCCAGGAGCAGCCUGGCCAGGAGCCUGGCCAGCAGUAUCAGGGGGCAGAAGGCCCCCAGCCCUACACGCUCUUUGUGGGGGGUCUUCCUGUCCACGGCCCCAAGCUCCCAAUGUUUAUCAGCAGCUCCUGGUUCAGCGGUUGUGUGAGGAGACUGAUGGUGGACGGGCAGGCCCUGAGUACCCCCAGCCGAAUGGUGGGGGUCACACCCUGCUUGUCAGAACCCCUGGAGACGGGUCUGUUCUUUGCCGGCAGUAAGGGAGCCAUCACUCUAGACACCCUGGGGACCACCCUUCCUGACGUGAGCCUGAGGCUGGAGGUGCGGCCCCAGACAGCCACAGGCCUCAUCUUCCACCUGGGCCAGUUCCAGGUGCCCCCCUACCUAGAGCUGCGGGUGCUGGAGAAGCAGGUCCUGCUGUGGGCAGAUGAUGGUGCCGGCAAGUUCUCCACAUCGGUGGCACUCUCCAAGGAGCUGUGUGAUGGGCAGUGGCACCAACUGGCAGUGACCAAAAGCAAGACCGCCCUCUGGCUGGAGGUGGACUCCCGGAGCAACCAGACCCUGGGUCCCAUGCUGCAGGCCUCAGACAGCACCCCAGUGCCUCUGCACUUGGGGGGCCUGCCCGGACCCUUGGACACACAGGCUGGGCACCCCACCCCCACACACCCUUGGCCUCCGUUCUACCAAGGCUGCAUGAGGAAUCUGAUGGUGAACGGGGCCUUUGUCACUCUGCCGCGCUCUGCGGGUGUCCAGGGCGCGGUGGGAGCCAGUGGCUGCCCGGCCACAUAGGACCUUCAAGGCGCCUGCUGUCCUAACAGCUUGCUGAUACCACCACCCUCCGCCAGUCUCCUAGAUGAAGUUUGUAUAAACUUACCUAGACUUGAGUCUACAGGAAAUGGUUUAAGUUAUGUCUGACUUUUUAAAUGAAACUUUACAAUAAAAUGGUUUUUGUAUCAUUUA